GCACCUGGGACGGACAAGAACUAAUUCAUCCAUCGCGACUACUGACAGCAGCACAUGACGUCUCCUCUUGUGUCUCAGAGGUGGCUGCGACUGGGCUAACAAACUUCUUGUGCUUUGUGCCACUGUAUGUCCUGCUGUAGGUCCGCAGGGAGAGGCUGAAGAAGAACCUCACUUUGUCUUCAAUUGACUUGUGCUAAGCUGGGGGUGCGCACACAGGAAUCUCUCUCUACUGAGAAAACUCCCGUGGAUUACAGCGGGCCUUGGCCGUGAAGAUGACCGCCCAGUGAUGCUGUGCUGGGGCAGUUCCGGACCUUCCUGAGGAAGAUAGUCAUGCAGUUGUUUUCCAGCAUGUGGUUAUGUAGGGUGAGGGUGUUCUCACUUUCACUACCGACCCUCUCAAUACUUAUGUUCCACCUAACAGCACCUGAAAUUAGAGCUGAGUUUUUGGAAAAAGAACAGCAGGACCAAUGUUUAAGGAGAGAUCACCCUAUCCGCUACUUUUCAGAACUCAGUCCCUGGCUGUCUAACUUCACAUACUCAGAUGUUCAGGACUUCUCUCAGCUAGCUCUUGAUCUCAACAGGAAUCAGCUCAUUGUUGGAGCCAGGAACUACCUCUUCAGACUCAGUCUGUUUAAUAUAUCUCUUAUUCAGGCCACAGAGUGGAGUUCUGACGAAGAUACCCGCAGGUCAUGCCAGAGCAAAGGGAAAACAGAGGAGGAAUGUCAGAACUACGUCCGUGUGUUGAUAGUGAGCGGAAAGAAAGUGUUCACCUGCGGAACAAAUGCCUUCUCUCCUGUGUGCACCAGUCGGCAGGUGGGGAACCUGAGCCGAGUGAUUGAGAAGAUCAAUGGAGUAGCCCGCUGUCCGUAUGAUCCACGGCAUAACUCGACAGCAGUAAUAACAUCUCGUGGUGAGCUCUAUGCAGCCACAGUAAUAGACUUCUCUGGCCGUGACCCUGCCAUCUACCGCAGCCUGGGAAAUGUUCCCCCACUCCGCACUGCUCAGUACAACUCCAAGUGGCUAAAUGAACCUAAUUUUGUGGCUGCCUAUGACAUUGGCCUGUUCACAUACUUCUUUUUCCGAGAGAAUGCAGUAGAGCAUGACUGUGGCAAAACGGUAUACUCCAGGGUAGCCAGAGUAUGCAAGAAUGACUAUGGUGGCCGUUUUUUGCUGGAGGACACAUGGACAACUUUCAUGAAGGCACGACUGAACUGCUCGCGGUCGGGGGAAAUUCCGUUUUAUUACAAUGAGCUGCAGAGUACAUUUCUCCUUCCUGAACAAGAUUUGAUCUAUGGCGUUUUCACAACCAAUGUAAAUAGCAUUGCUGCCUCUGCAGUGUGUGCCUUUAACCUCAGCGCCAUAACACAGGCUUUUAAUGGACCUUUCCGAUACCAGGAGAAUCCUAGAUCUGCGUGGCUACCGACACUUAACCCAAUACCCAACUUCCAGUGUGGUAUCCUGAAUGAUGAUAGUCCCAAUGAAAACCUAACGGAGAGAAGCCUGCAAGAUGCUCAGCGUUUGUUCCUUAUGAAUGAUGUGGUUCAGCCAGUGACUGUGGAUCCCCUUGUGGCUCAGGACAGUGUGCGCUUUUCUAAGUUGGUUGUGGAUAUUGUGCAAGGCAAAGACACCCUGUAUCACGUCAUGUACAUUGGGACAGAACAUGGCACCAUAUUAAAGGCUCUUUCCACCUCUAAUCGCAGCCUGAGGAGCUGUUAUUUGGAAGAGAUGCAUAUACUUCCCAGCGGUCAACAGGAACCAAUCAGGAGCCUACAAAUUCUUCACAGUAACAGAUCUCUGUUUGUGGGACUUAACAAUGGAGUUCUUAAAGUGCCUCUUGAGCGAUGCUCAAUGUACAAAACUGAAGGGACAUGCCUGGGGGCCAGGGACCCCUACUGUGGAUGGGACAGCAAGAAGAAAUGCUGCAGUACCCUUGAGGACAGUUCCAACAUGAGCCUGUGGGCCCAGAACAUCACAGAGUGUCCGGUGAGGAACAGGACAGUUAAUGGGGGUCUGGGAUCCUGGUCAGCUUGGCAGCCCUGCCAGCACUCAGAUGGUGAUGCCACCUGUGUGUGUCGCUCAAGGGCCUGUGACAACCCUCAACCACAAUGUGGAGGCCGGGAUUGUGAGGGGACACGCAUAGAGAUCGCCAACUGUUCCCGAAAUGGAGGAUGGACGCCAUGGUCAUCUUGGGCGCAGUGCAGCACCUCCUGUGGGAUUGGUUUUCAGGUGCGGCAAAGAACAUGUAGUAACCCCGCUCCUCGCUUUGGAGGCAGAGUGUGCGUGGGACAGAGCAGAGAGGAGCGGUUUUGCAAUGAAAAUGUCCCUUGUCCAGUUCCCAUCUUCUGGUCUUCCUGGGGUUCGUGGAGUAAAUGCAGUGCUGAUUGUGGUGGUGGGAUCCACUCUAGACAGCGCACCUGUGAAAACGGAAACACUUGCCCUGGAUGUGCCCUGGAGUUUAGGACAUGUAAUCCUGAGACUUGUCCAGAGGUCCGCAGGAAUACCCCUUGGACACCCUGGAUGCCAGUUAAUAUGACGCAGGGUGGCUCACGCCAGGAGCAGCGAUUCCGGUACACUUGCCGUGCCCAACUUUCUGAUCCUCAUGAGCUGCAGUUUGGGAGGAAGAAAAUAGAAACUCGCUUUUGCCCUAAUGACGGAUCUUCUGCCUGCGAAACAGACUCUCUUGUGGAUGACUUAAUGCGCAGCAGCAAGAGCCCGUCCCGUAUAAUUAGUGGCAGCUGGAGCCCAUGGGGUGCCUGGUCUUCCUGCUCCAGAGAUUGUGAGCUGGGUUUCCGGUCAAGAAAAAGAAGCUGCAGCAACCCUGAGCCUCGUAAUGGAGGCCUCCCGUGUGUAGGUUUAGCUGCCGAAUUCCAGGACUGCAACUCCCAGCCAUGCCCAGUCAAGGGAUCGUGGUCCUGCUGGUCUUCUUGGACGCAAUGUUCAGCUACAUGUGGUGGGGGCCAUUACCAGCGCACUCGCACCUGUACGAACCCUGCUCCAUCCAACGGAGGAGACAUCUGCAUUGGCCUGCACACAGAGGAGGCUUUGUGCAACACUUACCCAUGUGAAGGGGGUUGGACUGAGUGGUCAGAAUGGAGCAUGUGCAAUGAAGAGGGCACACAGUAUCGCAACAGGUACUGCGAGAUCCACCUUCCAGGACCUUCACAGUGUGUUGGGAAUAGCACUCAGUACAGAGACUGUAUAUACAAUGAGAUACCAGUGAUUCUUCCGGCUUCAAGCAUUGAUGAGAACACAGAAUGUGGAGGGUUCAGUUUGAUUCACCUGAUCGCCACUGGGGUAUCGUGUUUUUUUGGCUCUAGUCUCCUGACGUUCGUGAUCUAUGUAUACUGCCAGCGGUGUCAGAGACAGUCUCAAGAAUCAACUGUCAUUCAUCCAGCAACCCCCAACCACCUCCAUUAUAAAGGCAGCUCCACUCCGAAGAAUGAGAAAUACACUCCUAUGGAGUUUAAGACACUCAAUAAGAAUAAUUUACUUCCAGAUGACAGGUCCAACUUUUAUCCUUUGCAGCAGACAAAUGUGUAUACAACAACUUACUAUCCAAGCACGCUGAGCAAAUACGACUUCAGACCAGACUCCUCUCCAGGCAGAACGUUCACCAACAGCUGAGAUAUGUCCUAGAUUGGAACUAACAACUCUUCAGAAUAUCCUUUUCUUCCCCUGCCCCUCACCUUUCAUACAAUUGUGGACCAGUUCAUCUCCUACCAUCUGAUAUGGUGGGAAAGCUCAGAAUGGACCUGCUGAUUCUUCUUUGCAAACUCUUGUGGAUUUCAGGCUGGAGGAAACCCUUUGGGACUCAGCCAUGGUGGUACCUUCAUGAAUGGGAGAGGAGUAUCGUGUUACGGAAGCCUCUGUUUACUUGAAGAUGAACACACAGCCUGUGCAGAGUUACAGGGACAGGUUAAUGUGUUUUUCCUGUGCCUCAAGUGUUUUUGGGAAAGUUUGAUGUUAAUUACCAGCAGCUGUCCCAUAAGCAAAGAAAACUAUAUUACACUGGAUGGCUUCAUUGCUAGCAUGAGCGACCCCAGCUCAUUGUCACAGUGCAACACUUCUUCAGUUUCUGCUUGACAGUAUUUUAAGUGAUUCUUAUAAUCCAUCCAGCAGUCUCAAAUCUUCUCUGGAAUGAUCUAGUCAUACUGCGGAUAACAUUACAAGGAUGAAGAAUUUUAUCAGACACUUUGUGUGCAUUUGUUUUGAGUUAGUAAAAAUGCAGAAAAUAAGGGGUUAAAGCUGAAUGUAGAAAGGUUCUUCAUGACCAAUGCUCUAGCAUGUAACUGGCUUACAGUCUGGAUAUAUACACGCUCUAUUAACCCCUUCAGCUCUGGAGAUGCCUGUUCCUUGUUGUAUCACAGGACUCCAGUGUUGGAUGAGAAGAACAGGAUACUCCAUUACCAUCAUUUGAAAUGAAAAUUCAGAGCCAAUUCAGGAUGGGGUUACAAAUAUGAUCUACAAUUUGUUUCUGACUCCUAAUUAAAGGAAUUUGGAAUAUGCUAUAAAUCAGUUUUUAGUAACAGUCCAAUUAUUGAAGUAAUUAUGUUGGAUGCUAAAAUGCAGUCUGCAUCCUCCCUGCAUUUUGUCUACAUGGAACCACCUAACAGAUCAUAUAGGAGUAUGUGUACCUAUGACAGCCAUUCUGACCAGUUAGAAUGCCUAAUUUCUAAAAGUUCUGUGCAUGAUAAGCCUGUGUAGAGCGUUUUGAUUGGUCAUACCAACUCAUUCAGAGUACCAUCAGACCCCUGUAGAGCACUUCCUCCCUUGCUGUAAAUUUUCAAUUCUCUUUUUUUAUUUUUAAUGUUUAUGAUUUAUUAAUGUUUUAGUAUUUUUUUAAAAAGAAUAUAACAGGACAAAGAAUGUCAGAUGCAUUUUGUCUUCCACACUGAAUGUUUGAGAUGUAAGUGUCACUUAAAAUAUGCUUACAUAUCUCAGAAACCUUUCAUUUCAAAUUGUUAAUGUUGUGCAUUACAUAUCACAGCAACACAAGAGGGAAAGGACACUAUGGUAACCUGCUCACAAGUUUUCUUAUUACAAUUUCUAGGAAGUCGCCCAGUACUGGAGGGAAUGUAUGGUUAAGCAUUUCUAUAACCCAGUUUAGGUCACUGCUUUUUGAGAUUUUCAGAUAAUUGUGUUUUUUUUUGGUUCUUUACAAACUUUAUAUAUUUGGGAGCGGGUGGAGGGGGCAUAUCAUUUUUAGAAAAUGUAGUCUA